AUGCCUCGCUUGUUCGACUUUGUGGGCAGUGAUCAAGAAUAUAUCGAGUAUUUGGAAUCUAAGUUCCAGGCUUUAGAAUCAUCACCAGAUCUUCAUUCCGCACCAUCGCAACAGCAAGCGAACGACUUUCGCUUCGUGGAAUGCAGGCCUCAGGCCGCCGAAGCCCGACAGCUCGCCGAAAAAAGAUCGGCCACUGAGUGGGAGAAGCAACUCCAGGCUUUCAUAUCAUCGAUACCUGGUCGUCAUGAAUGGCAAAAGGCACGAAAAGAUGCAGGCGUAGACACUGUCCAGAGGAACAGGCAAGCUAUGUGUUUGAUGUUAGGCCAGCAGACUGCGGCGAUCUUCGUGUCUGCGGAAGGCAGCAUCAUGUUGCCGCGAAUGCACCCAUGCGACAAUCAAAACCUGGUCUUGAAAGGUUGCAUGUAUGGCGAGUUUAUCUGCCGGUGUGACAAUGAUAAAAGCUUUGCGGUUCGAGUUGCGGCCUAUCAGAAAUUGAUAUUUCUUAGUUACUGCACGGUCUUGUUGCGAAUCGGAAUGUCAAGAGAUACGGUAUACUCGAUGAUGGGGAUGUAUUCUGACAGCAAGAAAACAUCCACUCUGGAUUACUAUUGCUCCGGAGCUCUAUGGGUCAACCGAUGUAUGUCAACAUUGCUAAAAAAUGGCUGGGGAUACAAGAGCUGGGAGAUCUUCCUCCUUGGUAAGGCCGUGAUUCUGCAGACUUGCCAGAAGCAGGCUGACACCAUUAGAACCACGCUCGGCGGCUAUGUUUGGGCGUAUCGCAGCCAACAACAAGAAAAGCUAUUCCACUGUGGUCGACCAACUAGGUACAGCGAGCGUUCCUAUACAAGAAGACGGUUGGAUACCAUACUGUGUGCCUGGGAUAGUGAAAUACUUGGCGGGAGAUUAUGUGGAGUGAGUUUAUUUGCAAGGCGUCUUUGA